AUGGAAGAUAAAGUUUUGCCUGUUGAAGACGAUUUACAUAACGGUGAAAUCGAGUGGCAACCACUGGCUCUCACAUUAGUAGAAUAUCCGAAAGAUGACUUGAUCGGAAAAUUCUUAGCUUUCAUAAGCUUAUCUCCUUUUGGGAUUGGAGCUGGAUUUAUUGCACUUAUCUUAUUUCGAAGAGAUCUACAUACGAUAGCAUUCUUUUUGGGAAUAUUGUUAAAUGAGGUUCUUAAUAUUGUAUUGAAGCAUACCAUAUGUGAAGCAAGACCUUUAGCAAGGGGACAUCUCUAUAAUGAAUAUGGAAUGCCUUCUUCCCAUGCUCAAUUUGUUUGGUUCUUUGGAAUUUAUGUUUUAUAUUUUGUUGUCAUUAGGUUACAUCACAUCAAUAAUAAUAGUAUAAUAUCAGCAUUGUGGAGGGUCAUAAUUGUUGGAGGCUGUAUGACUUUAGCAGUGCUAGUAUCCAUUGCACGGAUAUACUUGCAUUAUCACACUACCUACCAAGUAGUGAUUGGUGGAUUGGUGGGCUUCACAUUUGCAACUAUAUGGUUUACAAUUGUGCACAGAAUAUUUACACCACUAUUUCCUCAACUAGUUUCAUUGAAAGUGUGCGAGAUGUUGAUGAUAAGGGACACAACUCUAAUACCAAACGUGUUGUGGUUCGAGUACACGACCUCGAGGCAGGAGGCUCGAGCCCGCGGUCGCAAGAUGGCAGCACUGAAGCCGACUCAAUGA